CGUCACCAGAGCUGCUGGCUCACCGCUGUCAUGGCUUCGAACAUAAACAAGAGUCACUGAAAAGCGACACGUUUUGUUGUAGCAGUUUGCCACAGUCUUUAAAGUUACACUUUAACUGUGUUAAUUAAUUAAUUGCGGAGAGAUACGACAGGGUCGCAACAUGUCAGGGGGAAGCAAAGUCGUUGAGUUACAGCUCGAGAUGCGGCAAAACAUGGAGGAUCUGCAAAGCUACGUGAAGGACCUGCAGGGCUGGGAGUCGGACAUGAAGAGGAGGGACGAGGAGCUGCGGACUGAAGGAUGCCAGGAGGAUGAGAGGAAACUCCCGCCUGUGCGCAACCAAGACUACAAAACAAAAAUGACGGAAAAGAAGAAGAAGAAAAAGAAGAAGAUGACAGAGCCUGCUAGUAAUGGCAAUACAAAAGCAGAAGAAGACAAACAGGCAUCAAGAAUAAAAGCAUUUGACUAUCGAUCAUGGGACAAGUUUGACGUGGACAAGGCUCUGUCAGAGAUGGAUAAAGAGGAAAGUCCAGCGGAAUCAAAUGAGUCAGACUCAGAGGAAGCUGCACAUGAUGCUGAAAAAGCUCUGUCAGAAAAAGAAAAGGGUAAUGAGUUCUACAAAGACGGCAAGUACGAUGAUGCCAUUGAAUGUUACACCAGAGGGAUGAACGCAGAUCCUCACAACCCUGUGCUUCCCACAAACCGAGCCACAUCCUUCUUCAGACUCAAAAAGUACAGUGUGGCGGAGUCGGACUGCAAUUUAGCGAUCGCUCUGGACAGCAACUACUUCAAAGCGUACGCACGGAGAGGAGCUGCACGCUUUGCCCUGAAAAAAUAUGAAUUAGCGUUAGAAGACUAUGAGAUGGUUCUCAAGCUCGACCCUGGAAACACAGAGGCACAGAGUGAAGCGGAGAAAAUCAAAGAAGUCCUUGGGCAACAGACAGUGACGGUACAGAGUGAAGCGCCGCAGCCACAGGAGGCUCCGACGGUCGACUCUGAGCAGCAGAGAGUGAUGGAGGAACAGCAGAGACGGAUGGAGGAACAGCAGAGACGGAUGGAGGAGCAGCAAAAGAGACAGGAGGCAGUCAUACAAAAAGACAGGGGGAACGCUUAUUUCAAAGAGGGCAAGUAUGAAGCAGCCAUCGAGUGCUACAGCCAAGGCAUGGAGGCAGACAACAUGAACGUCCUCCUUCCCGCCAACAGAGCCAUGGCCUUUCUCAAGCUGGAGAAGCAUAAGGAGGCAGAGGAGGACUGCACUAAGGCUAUUUAUCUGGACAACACUUACUCCAAGGCUUUUGCUCGCCGAGGCACAGCCAGAGUAGCUUUAGGGAAACUGGAGGAGGCCAAACAAGAUUUUCAGGAGGUGUUGAAGCUGGAGCCGGGAAACAAACAGGCCUCGAAUGAACUCCAGAAACUGCAAAUUAUGUGUCCCAGCGGCCUACUUCAAACAGAGGACAACAGUCCGAGGAGAACAGUCAAGCCGAUUGACAAACCAACACAUCUGCAGUCGACUAAACCUCUGAGGAGGAUUGACAUCGAAGAAGUCAGCGGUGAAGCAACGGUGCCCGAGGAGGAGGAGGAGUCAGCUGGGUCCAAGUCAUUAGUCCAGGAAGUGAUGAAGGAGCCCGAGGACGAGGAGUCAUCGCCACUGUCCACGUCACCCAGCGCCAAGAUGAUGAAAAUUGAGGAGAUAUCGGACACUCCCUUGCUCACAUCAGACCAACUUCCUCCCAGCAUAUCCACAGAACCACCAGCGCAGAUGGAAACUGCGCAUCCGCCUGACACAAAAACCAACCCCUCCUCAACAGUAACAGACCUGCCUCCUCCGCCAGCCAGCGGCUUCCAGCUGGAGACCGACCUCCGCAAGAUCAGACAGCAGCCUGAAGUGAUUUACAGAUAUCUGAAGCAAAUCAAUCCAGCGGCGUACGCUAAGAUUUUCCAAAACUCCCUUGAACCUGACAUCCUCAAUCAGAUCCUGAAGACGCUGCAAGAAUUCUACAUAAAAAAUGAGGCAGCGGCCGUGACACUGGAGAUCCUCAGCAGUCUAGUAAAUGUGAAGCGCUUCGACAUGGCCGUCAUGUUCAUGUCGUCCGCAGAGAAGAAAGUGCUUAAAGAAUUGUUCGACUUCCUUCACCAAGCAGAGCUGGAAGAAUCAUCUGUCGCAGCGUUACAGAAGAAGUACGGCGUUUGACGCUUUAGGCUACACACGUAAACGGAGCAGUGGGUGCAGUAAUGUUCAGUGUGUAGACUAACUCUUCUAUGCCACGCGUCGUGUGAUUGGGCGGUUAACAGUAGGUGACACAACACAACAGACCAAAACAUUAGACAGACAUUGUGGGCCAGAAAUGAAAAUUUAAAUAGUGGCUGCUCCCCUGUUAUCAGUGUAGCAAUUACUUUCCUUAAUCUCCAAUAACAAAUCACGGUCAUUAUGACAAUAUUACUUUAGGACUACAUAAUAUUACAACUUUAUUCUCCUCAAAUUGCGACUUUAUUCUCCUAAUAUUACAACUUUAUUCUCCUAAUAUUACGACUUUAUUCUCCUAAAAUUGCGACUUUAUUCUCCUUAUUAUACAACUUUAUU